AGAAUUUCUUGCCUACCAACAUAUACUCACAAUCAGCACAAACUCAUGAUGUCUUGGAAGAACGCAUUUAUUAAGAGAGAACCACAUGUUCCGGUUGUGGACAAAGUCCAAGAGAAUGUAAAAUCGGUUGCGAGUAAAUUAAGAGCGACGAGAAUUCCUCCUCCGCCAGUGCCCCCCGAGCCUGUAACCAUCGCCAUCGUCGGUGCUGGUCAAAGGUAUUCUGGGUCGGGAUAUGCUUCCUACGCUAAAAUCGAUCCACAAUGGGCAAAAGUGGUUGCCGUCGCCGAGCCUGUCGAAGUUCGCAGACGAAAGAUGCAAAAACAAUACGACAUUCCGGAUGAGAACGUGUUCUCCGAUUGGAAGGAGCUAGCGAAAAGAUCGAAAUUAGCUGAUGCUGUUGUAAUCGCGACAUUGGAUGACCUUCACGCGGAGCCAACAGUAGCCUUUGCUGAUUUGAAAUAUAAUAUAUUAUUGGAAAAACCUAUGGCUGCGACGAUUGAAGAUU